AUGUCCGCCCCGCCAGCCUUACCAGCUGGCAUUUCUCCAUCCAUGCCUGCCGGCAGCCAUGAGAUGCGAGACUAUUACUCCAACCAAGACCCACCUCGACUAUUCCCACACACUACACCAUCCAUCACACCCUAUCUUGGCCUCCGGGCUCGUCUAUCACAAAUCUGGUUCAACCGAUGGACUAUUCUACUCCUACUUGUUCUUGUUCGGACUCUAAUCGCAAUUGCGAGUGUCGACAGCAACCUGAUCUCCGCUCGACGCGAAGCCCUCGCAGCUUGUGCAGAUGUCGAAUCGAUGGGUUCCACCAUGGCCUCAAUGCCGCAUUACAUGUCACUAGGCGUUAAUGAACUCGCCGCAACCGGAGUGGAGAAGUCAGUCAACGGUCUCAUGGAGAUGUCAACCUUGAGUGUGACCGCUGUGGAAGAGAUUGUCAUAUUCGUCAUUGGAAUGAUGACGAACACCUAUCUCUGUCUCAUCACACUCGCCGUCUCUGGAAGCCUUCACGCCGUCAUUGGUGCGCUUGACUCCGCACAGGGCAGUCUCGACAAGAUGACCAAAGAUCUUGGUGACGGUCUGGGUUCGGCUGUAGGCGACUUCUCGGAAGCCUACAACAAAUUGGUAGAUUCUCUCAAAGGCUUCGUUGGCUUCUCGGUCUCCGGAGUCAACCCACCAAAGUUGGAUCUCACCAAGCAAGAAGAUGCUCUUCGGGCUCUCAAGUUGCCUCCUGGUUUCGAAGAUGACUUGGCCAAGCUCAACAACUCCAUCCCCACCUUUGCUGAAGUCAAGAACCUGACCGAAUCCAUCAUUCGUCUGCCCUUUCAAGAAGUGAAAAAGCUGAUGGCCGACAACAUGAAAAACUAUACCUUCGACCGCUCCCUGUUCUCCGUUCCGCAGAAGCAGCAACUUACCUUCUGCAGCGAUGGCAAUGGCAUCAAUUCUUUCUUUGAUCGUCUGACCAGCAUAGCCCAUCUUGCACGUCGCGUCUUUCUCGGCGUCUUGAUCACCCUGGCUAUCCUAGUCAUGAUCCCUAUGGCAUGGCGAGAAAUCAGAAGAUAUCGAAAAAUGCAAGAACGCAGUCUGCUUGUUCGCUCCGAUGCACGCGACCCCAUGGAUGUUGUCUAUCUCGUCAACAGACCAUAUACCUCGAGCUUCGGCCUCAGACUCUCCCAUGGAUAUGAAUCGCCGAGGAAGAGAAAUUUGAUUCGCUGGGUCGUCGCAUAUGCAACGACAGACGCUGCCUUGUUUGUUCUGGCGCUCGCCAUCGCCGGUCUCUUCGCGUGUGCAUGUCAAGCUAUCCUUCUUCAUGCCCUGGCAAAACAGGUCCCAGCCCUGAGUCAGCAAGUUGGUGAUUUCAGUGACGAAGUCAUGCUCCAACUCAAUAAUGCCUCUGCUCAAUGGGCUAUCGCCACCAACCAGGUCAUUACUUCCACCGGUCAAACCAUCAACCAAGACAUGCUCGGCUGGAUUGAAAUCGCCACAACAGCCGUCAAUGACACUCUCAACAUGUUUGUUGACAAGACUACUGAAAUCCUUGACGUUGCCUUUGGAGGGACGCCCCUCAAAGACCCCAUCAUGGGUGUUCUCGACUGUCUUGCGUUGAUGAAGAUUGCCGGAAUUCAAAAGGGCAUUACUUGGGUUCAUGACCAUGCUCACGUCGAUUUUCCCUUGUUUCCCAACGAUACUUUCAGUAUCGGGGCGGCACAGAGUCUGUCCGCCACAAGCGAACCUGACGACUCUUUUCUUGCCAGCCCCGGUGAUGCUGCCAGUGACAAAAUCACCAGCGCCGUCGCACGUUUCAUCAGCGUGAUCGAGGCCGGUAUCAGAAUCGAAGCUAUCACCUCCACCGUGAUUCUACUGCUGUGGAUCCUGAUUGUUUUUAUUGGCAUCAUCCGUGCCUGCAUCUUCUGGCGUGGGAGGGACAAGGUUCGCGGGGACGGUGGUGACUUUCAUUCAUCCGCCUCACCCCCGACCGCCGUCAAUCCCCCUUCUUCCCACGAGUUUUACCUUUAUAAUCAGGACAGACGUGCUGACUUUGAUAACAUCCCAUUGUCUACUGUUGGUCACACCAACUCCGGACGCCAUGACCGCAUGCAUCCGUCGAUGACAGCUAGACCAAUGUCGCCAGCACCAAGAUACAGUCCACCAGCCAGUCACGUUGAACACGAAGACCAUUACGAAGACCCAAAGCAGGAAUACAUUGAUGCAUCCCAGACAAGACACAAUCCAUUCGGAGACGACAAACAUGUGAGCUAUUGGUAUGGGACUGCAAAUGCGAAGUCGUGA